AUGGACCGAGUGAAGAGCUCCAUGCAGCAAGUCCCCAACGCUAUUCCCAAAGUGAUCAGACGAACAGGAGGGGCCAACAGUCUGGAUCUGGAGAAGGAAAACUUUGAGAGAGGACAGGCCGUCAGCAUCAACAAGGCCAUCAACACACAGGAAGUGGCUGUCAAAGAGAAACAUGCCAGGACUUGCAUUCUGGGAACUCACCAUGAGAAAGGAGCGCACACGUUCUGGGCAGCGGUCAACAGACUUCCUCUGUCCAGCAACGCCGUUCUCUGCUGGAAGUUCUGCCACGUCUUCCACAAGCUGCUACGGGACGGCCAUCCACACGUGAUUAAAGACUCGAUGCGAAACAAAGCCGAUCUGACGGACAUGAGCAGGAUGUGGGGCCACCUGAGUGAAGGCUAUGGCAAGCUGUGCAGCAUCUACCUCAAACUGCUCAUCACCAAAAUGGAGUUCCACAUCAAAAAUCCCCGUUUCCCCGGCAACCUGCAGAUGUCCAACCGACAGCUGGAAGAGGCGGGAGAGAACGACGUGAACAAUUUCUUCCAGUUGACUGUAGAGAUGUUCGACUACUUAGAGUGUGAGCUCAACCUUUUUCUCAGUGUCUUCAAUUCUCUGGACAUGUCUCGCUCGGUGUCGGUGACGGCAGCAGGACAGUGCCGCUUGGCGCCCCUCAUCCAGGUCAUUCUGGACUCCAGCCAUCUUUACGACUACACAGUGAAACUGCUGUUCAAACUGCAUUCUUGUCUUCCUGCAGACACGCUACAAGGCCACAGAGACCGGUUUCAGGAGCAGUUCAAAAAGUUAAAGAGUCUCUUCUACCGCUCCAGCAACCUACAGUAUUUUAAAAGACUCAUUCAGAUCCCCCAGCUUCCUGAGAACCCUCCUAACUUCCUGCGUGCGUCAGCUCUGUCGGAGCACAUCAGCCCAGUGGUGGUGAUCCCGGCAGAGUCCUCGUCCCCAGAGUCCGAGCACUUGGUGGAGACGGACGAUCUCGUGGACACAGACAUCCCCGUUCUACCGGUUGCUGUGGAAACCAAAUUUGAUGAUCUAUUUGGAACGACAGCAGCCGCCGAUCCGUUUAACUUCAACAAUCAGAACGGGAUGCGCAAAGAUGACAAAGACCGGUUAAUUGAGCAGCUGAGCAGGGAGAUUCAAAGCCUUAAAGACGAGCUGGAAUCUUUCAGGCUGGAGAGCGGGCGGUUGUGCCAGGCGCUGCGGGGGCGUGUCAAUGAGCUGGAGGCGGAGCUUGCGGAGCAGAGCCACCUGAGGCUGCAGGCCGUGGGGGAGGCAGAGUUCCUGAAGGCCGAGCUGGACGACUUACGGAGGGUCAGAGAGGACACGGAGAAGGAGCAGCGCAGCCUCACCGAGAUCGAGAAAAAGGCCCAGGCCAACGAGCAACGCUACACUAAACUAAAAGAGAAGUACACAGAGCUGGUCCAGAGUCAUGCCGACCUGUUGAGAAAGAACGCAGAGGUGACCCGGCAGAUGACUGUGGCCCGGGCGGCUCAGGACGAGGUGGAGGCCGUGAGGAGAGAGAUGCAGGAGAAAGUGAAGAGCGCUCAGGAGGCGGCCGACAGACAGGGGAGGUCGCAGCAGGAGCAACUCCAGGAGCUGCAGAGGGAACUGUUGUCCAGUCGCACAGAGCUGGAGAGUCUAAAGUCCACCGUGACCUCAUCGCAGCAGUCCAGCGAGGCUCUCAGCACCCAGCUGGCGGUCCUGGAGUCCGAGAAAGCGGAUCUUGUGCAGUCUCUGUCCCAAGUGGAGGUGGAGCUCAGUGUUCGAGGGGAGGAGCUACAGCAGGCCCAAACCUCGCUGUCCACUGAACGGGAAAGUGGAGUAAAGGCAGCCGAGGCUUUGCAGAAUCAACUCAACGAAAAGGAGAGCAGAGAGCAGACCCUGGAGAGCCAGCUGGUGGCCACUCGCUGGAGCGGUCUGCAGGCGGCUGUGGAGGAGGCCGAGCGGAUCAUCCACGACUCCCUGGCCCAGAUCGAAGACCCGGCUCACAUCAGCUGCACCAGUUCCGCAGACUACCUUGCUUCCAGGUGUCAGGCCACGUUAAAUUGUAUAGACCGGCUUCCUCCUGCGCUGGAGACCUUUAUGGCAGACAACACGGCUGUGUCAGAACUGGUCCGUGCACUGACUCAGUGUGGCCACCUGGUGGGAGACACCAUCGUGCAGGGCAGCGCCACCUCCCACAUGGUUCCUGUAGAAAAGGCAGAUGCCCUGUCAGACAGCGUGAAGACCUGCGGCGCACAGGCCUUGACUCUCCUGGGGGCCCUGAAGCAGCGUGACGCCAUGUCCUCGGCCGACUCCAGCAAACUGAAGGCCACUCUGCUGCUCAUCCUGGACACGGCCGAGAAACUGCGGCCUCGAGGUCUGGAGCUGAAGCAGGGGGAGCUGGGGGAUCUGGUGGAGCAGGAAAUGGCUGCCACUUCUUCCGCGGUGGAGUUGGCCGCAGCCAGGAUAGAGGACAUGCUCAACAAGUCUCGGGCAGUGGAUACAGGAAUCAAGAUGGAGGUCAAUGAGCGGAUUCUUGCAUCGUGCACAGAACUGAUGCAAGCUAUCAAGGAGCUUGUUCUUUCUUCCAAAGAUCUGCAAAGGGACAUUGUAGAGAGUGGCCGGGGGGCAGCAUCCAUGAAGGAGUUUUAUGCAAAGAACUCUCGCUGGACUGAAGGCCUGAUCUCGGCCUCCAAAGCGGUGGGAUGGGGGGCUACAGUCAUGGUAGAUGCUGCUGAUCUGGUGGUGCAGGGCAAAGGGAAGUUUGAAGAGCUGAUGGUGUGUUCACAUGAGAUCGCCGCCAGCACAGCACAACUGGUGGCGGCUUCCAAGGUAAAGGCAGACAAAGACAGCCCCAAACUGCAGCGUCUAAAGCAUGCGUCCCGGGGGGUCACCCAGGCCACCGCGGGUGUAGUGGCUUCUACCAAGUCGGGCAAGUCUCAGAUCGAGGAGAAAGACACUAUGGACUUUUCCAGCAUGACUUUAACCCAGAUCAAGCGACAAGAGAUGGAUUCACAGGUGCUGGUCUUGGAGUUGGAAACACGUCUGCAGAAGGAGAGAGAGCGUCUGGGCGAGCUGAGGAAGAAGCAUUACGAGCUGGCCGGGGUCGCAGAGGGCUGGGGCGAGGAGGAGGAGGGCACCGGCUGA